CAAAACUGCGGCGAAUCACUCGAACCUCGCGUGAGGUCAAGCAACUUCCCUUCCUUCUACCGACACAACUCUGCACUCAUUGACAUCUUUCUCUCUACCACGACACAACUACACGACCAAACAUGUCGACUUCAGCAAGACGUCGCUUGAUGCGAGACUUCAAGCGCAUGCAGACAGACCCUCCAGCGGGUGUCUCUGCCUCUCCGAUCGCAGACAAUGUCAUGACAUGGUGAGCCUCUCCCACACUGACAACACACACACUCUCUCCCCAGGUUUCUCUCUUUUUGGGCAGGAGUGGUGUCUGAUAACCCCGGCCCCAUGCAGGAACGCAGUCAUAAUCGGCCCUGCCGAUACACCUUUCGAAGACGGCACCUUCAGACUAGUCAUGCAAUUCGAAGAAGCAUACCCUAACAAACCGCCGGGCGUCAAGUUUGUGUCACAGAUGUUCCACCCCAACGUCUACGGCACGGGCGAGCUUUGUCUGGACAUCCUGCAAAACCGAUGGUCUCCCACGUACGACGUCGCAGCGAUCUUGACAAGUAUUCAGUCCCUACUGAACGAUCCGAACACAUCAUCCCCCGCGAACGUCGAAGCAAGUAACUUGUACAAGGACAAUCGGAAAGAGUACACCAAGAGAGUGAGGGAGACGGUGGAGAAGAGCUGGGAAGAUUAAGCAGGAGCCGAUUACCGAUACAUGUUACGGCCUGAUAUGACCACAAUGACCGAAAUUCAGCGAUUGCAUGGUAUUGCGGGCUUGGUUGGCGUUUGGUUAGGACAGGAUAUCUUCCAAAGGCAGGACAGGGGAGUUUGGACUCUGUCAUUUUGUGCUGUUGAGAAACCAGUUAAGGGGAUUCAGUCGCCGUGGGGAAGUUGUCGAGCAAACGCCCUUCCAUAGUAUGGGUCUGCGAUUCGAUGCUAGGCGGAGUCAAGCAUCUACGUGUUCCACGGACGAUGAGAGGCAUACUCAGAACAGCGAGUACGUUGCCGCAAUAUAUGCCCUUAUCUGAGCUCUAUCUCAACGACAAUUCGUCAAUAACCGGUGAAUGAUGUAUCAGUUUCCCUACCUAGUGAUGAUUUGACUUCGUGAUAGACGCACACUUCUGGGCGAUGGUCGAAUCAUCUGCAAAGGACCGAAACAGUGAAUCGGAGCAUUGGCAUGAAGAUCCAUGGAUCUGAACGAGUUUAAUAUUCCCACGACUGUGCAGAGACACCAACUGUGACUUGAAGGAGGAACGGUCGCUGAUAUUCAUGAAAUCGCCAUCUCAGAUCUGACCACGGACGCAUUACCGCCAUCUACACAGUAUAUCUCGCUAAAUUGAGUCAUCCUCACAACCCAGACGGUAUUUCAGUUCGAGGUGGGGGAGCCUGCCCACCAACACACCAUCCCAUAGCAUGACAUAUCACAUGGCCGAUGUCCAAGUCAUGCUUUCCAGAGCAAAGCUGGACAAAUGGGGCAAAUGGAACAUAGGUAUCCAGUCCAGUCCAGUCCAGUCCAGUCCAGUUCAGUCCAGUUCAGGUCUAAGCCAACGCGCCCAUAG